AUGGCGACUGCUACGAGCAGAGUCGAUGAACUCAUUAAAGAUUAUUUGUUGUUUCGUGGUUUAACAUCGACAUUGAAAGCGCUGGAGAAUGAAUUGAAAACUGAAAAGGAAAAAGGUCUUCGGGCUGACAAGAUAGUAGAACAGAUACAAUAUUAUAUUGUUAAUAAUGAUUUGCUUGGUUUACGAGAUUACUGGACAUUUUUAAACAGCAGGUUAUUUUUACGCCUAGAACAACAAUAUAUGUCAAGUGUUCGUAGAUUGGAAGUUAAUAUAUUAAAACUAUACAUUGUAAUAGCUUCACAAUCAAAUAAACCUGAGAAAAUUGUUGAGUUCUUUGAUAAGAUGAUUCUUCUUGCAGAUUUACAGAAUCAACCUGAAUUUAGGGAAUGGUUUGCAUUUCCUUUUAUCAAGAAUCCAGAAGAAAAUCCGACAUUUAUGAUGUAUUUUAAUAAACAGUGGCAAGAUACAUUAAUGUUAUCAUUACAUAACUUUCUCAUUCCAACACUUUUGAAUUUUGAAUAUGAUCAUAAAAGGAUGAAAUUUUUGCAAGAAGAAAAUUCAGUUUUAAAAGAAAGGGUAACUUAUUCCUCCCAACAAGAAAUGGCGAAAUUUGAAAAAUUAAUUUUGAAAACCAUGAGUUUUCAACAAGAAUUUCAAACAUGUCAACUUUUGGAGGAACUUUUUCUCAUAUAUCAGAGAUAUCUUUGUUGUUUUCUAAUAAAUCUUUUUCAUGCUAUAGUAAAAGAUCUGUGGCAUGAAUUGUAUCAAAAAUCUAUUGAAUCCAAUGACAGAAGACUGAAGCUAUAUCAAUCCAGUUUUAUCUCUGACAAAUUGAGUAAGGAACCUACAAGGUCAAGUUCACCAGAUAAACAAAAGACUAACCGACGUCCCCUCUUUAACCUUUCCACUGGUUUACUGAGUAAAAAGAAACCAGAGGUGAAUACUGCCACAACUUCUAAACCAGAGAUUUCCAAGCCUGUCAAGAUUAAACCAAAGCCAGCCAUUGUUCCUGUUACAACAACCAAAAAGACCAUAUCUACCACACCAAGACAAACUUCAGUUGUUAUGGAAGAAUAUAGUGAACAUCAUUCCUCUGUAUCAUAUAGCAGGUUUUCACCGUCUGGACAGUAUAUAUCUAGUCUCGAUGUAGAUGGUAUUAUCAAAUUAUGGACAUGGAGUCCUCAACCAGCCACAAUCUAUACUGUUAUGGCUAGAUCAGCUUUUCUAUCAUUAGAAUGGGUGAAUAAAUCAGAUAGAUAUUUAUUAUUAGGCAAUAGAAAUUUUAACAUAAGAUUAUUGGAUGUAAAAGAAAAUAAGACAAUAAAGGAAGUAGCUGUCGAUACAGUGUAUCCAAGGAUAUUGAAUAUUACAUCCAACCCUUCUGGUUUGAGUUUUAUAUGUUCGGCAGCAGGACAGAGAAUGAGAAAUUUGUCCAGUGAAGUGAACCCAGGAAGUAAGCCAGGCAAAUUGAUGUUAUGGGAUGUUAAAACAAUGAAGAUGGAGAAACAAUUAGUAUUAGAUCCUAAUCCAGUGGCUAUCAAUUGUUCAUCAUAUAAUCAUAAUGGACAGCUACUAAUAACUGGUGGUGCAGAUGGGAUUGUUAGACUUUUUGAUAUUCAUCAGUGUAAAUGUAUUUCUCAAUGGAAUGCUCAUGAUGGAGAAGUAAACGGUGUAGAAUUUAGUUCAGAUGAAACAUCAUGUUAUACCUUUGGAGCAGAUGGAAAGUUUUUACAAUGGAGUAUACAUAAACCUGGAAGUAAAUUGGAAGAGUUACCAAUUCAUGCUGGUGCUUCCCUACCAUUCCUAGCUACUAGUCCAACUGGUAAUAAAGAACUACCAAGAGGAAGUUUAUUCUCAUUUGAUUCUGAUGGACGAUAUAUCUUAACUUGUGAUAGAAAUAAAACUGUUAUUUAUCAGGCUGAUAAGGAAUUUGGCUUGAAGAAGACCAUGGAGUUAAAGGGACAUAAAAGUUCUGUAACAACUGUUGAUUGGUCUCCUUCUCUAGAUACCAGAGUGGCUCUAUCUGGCGCUAUGGAUGGAAAAAUAAAAGUCUCUACUUUACUAUCCCAGUGA